UAUGUGCUCGUCAAUAAUGUCUAUUCACAGUUGGUACACAUAAAGAACAAUGAUUAAGCAAAAUUCAUCGCAAAUAAAGAAAAGAUAUGGUCCUAGAUUUGUGGUUACAUAAAUUAUUAGGAAUACUUGUUAGUAUUUGUUAGUAGUCACGCCAAACAUUUGACUUCAAGGUCUCAGCAAUCGUCCCUCGGAUGUGUGGUUUACUGUGUCCAGGCUGUCACGUGGUUUUAAAAUAAUCUUGUUCAUUAUUGUAAUAUCAAGGUUUUAGUACGGAAUUUGAAAAAAAGUAUUGUUAUAAAUUUUGAACUUCACUGCAUCACGAAUCUACUAACCUCUAGAGAUAACCGGAUCUAAUAUCCUCGAUCGUAAGGCUUUAGUAGGACGCUCUAAAAUCUUAAUCUCUUUUGUGAAUCUAGAGAAAGUGAAGAUGUAUGAACUGCGUAACAUACUAGGACUUGAGAUAUGGACUUUAGGAUCCUAGGAUGCAAGCUUGCGUCGUAGCUAAUGUCAGUUCGUAAUCGAGACGCUAACUCUGUUUCUCAACCUAACUCACUUCUUUGCUUGAUCUAGAAACAAUUAAAAUACUCACUAUUAAUGUAACUCAGCUUCGUCACUGAUGUACUGUCUCUCGACUUCUGGAAGCCUCUAGGCCGGGUCGAUCAUACUUGUCUUAUCAGUUAUCUUGUGUAGAUACCUAUCAAAAUGCUUGACUGGUUUUAGUCAUGGUCAACUAAUAUGCUAUCCAACGUCACGGUGAACUAUCCAUCUUUCUGUACUAAGGAUUCCCCAAGAACGAAGAUAUUCGUCUAGGUAUCCUCUGGAGUGUUGCUUUUUCCUAAUGUGAAUCUUUGAAGAGAAGUUAACGACUAAAAGGAUAAACUAACGCUUCAGGAGUGUCUGACUUUACCUCUAAGGUGGGUAAACGACCAUGGACUUUCUUUAAUUCUGUAAAGUGGAAAGCACAUCUGUGGCAUGAUUCGAACUUCGUGUAUAACCUAAAUAGUUCCCCACUAGAAGUUUCGUUUGUUGAAAAAGAUAUAGACGUCUUCAUUUUUUUUGCGAUAUAGAGUUAUAUUCUAUUUGUUACAAAAAUCCUUUAGAGGUAACCAAUUACUUUGAACAGCGAUUUUGAUUAGCUUGAUAAUAGUACUUUCCAUUCAGUUUUUAGGUUUCGCUUAACGCGACCUAUAGAAUGGGAACGUAAGUUCAUCCACCUCAAAGGGAUAUAAAUACUUCUAAGAUGAAACAUGGAAUCAGUUCAUGAACUCAAACUAAAACCCUGCCAGGAAUUCCUUAAAACUCUAUCUUUAUUCCGUAGAAUAUAAGGUACUCAGAGGAAGGCUUAUUUUGACCUACAACAUUCUGUACAUCAUUGAGAACCAUCUGAGUCGCUUACUUCGUUUCUCUUCUAAUAAAAAGUCUGAAGGGAGUACUGGGAAUCUGAAGUGUUGCGUAGCAGGUCGGACUGAAAACAUAUAUAUAUAUAUUACUAGUAGUCAGUGUAAGCUAAAUUCGGUUUGAAGUGGCUCAACAAACUUUCCAGGAGUUCCUCAGUGGGCAACUGCAUCUCUGUGCUAAUGUAGUGUGGUAACUCGAACUGAUGCACGUACUUACGAAGUUCUACGUUGUUACUGACUGACUGACUGACAAUAAAUAGAAAUAGCAUAAUGGCGUGACUAUUCUAAUAAUAUGAACUCAUUCCUGUAACUUGUUCUAAAUAAACUGGAGUAACUCAUGUUAAUACCGAAGAAUAUGUGCUUUAUGUAAAGAUUUAUCGUUGUCGCGUAACCUAAUUUCUCUGACGAAUCAAGAUGUUUAGAUUCAGAAGACUGAAUAGUCAUAUUCUCAAGUAGGGAUUGUUAAGGAUACGUAUUAGGAUAUGCCAAAAUGUGUUCACUACUUUUUAUACAACACCGAAACGUCUAAGGGUGGGAAACUAAAAGCCCCAACCUUUUGUUUUAAAGGGGAAUGAAAUCCCCCUGAAAAUUUGUCGUGUUUAUUACCUGGUUUAUAAAGCCGGUAAGUCAUAAGAAAGGUAGAACUUAACAUAUAUGUUCAUCAGUUCAAACAACCAUACCAUGUAAAUACAGUUUGUCAUAAUGAGAUAAGGACAGUAUUAAGGGACAAGAGUUAUGAAAUUUACUUUUCAAAUAAAAGGUUACAGUGUUUGCUUUAUUUAGACACUCAUUUUCAUUCAUUAGUACACAUGUGAUGAACAGUGUAAAGAACUGGUCACAUCGGUUAAAGCGUACGAAAAUAUGACUUACCUAGAAGUCAAUAGAAUACUCGAUAUUUGAAGCAAAAGUUGGUGUCACGUACAUUUUUUUUUCAUUAGUUGGAGCUUCAUGAUGAUGAGUAUACUCACUGAUUUUCUCUGAAGGUGCGCGUAAUGACCUCAACAAGGAAUUGGAAUCCCUACCCUGAUUUUAAAUGUGAGUAACUGUUCAGAUCAAAGCUGCAUAAAUUCACUCGAUUAAUAAGUGACUGAUAUGAUUAACGAUUAUUUCUAUCGUCGUAGAAAACUGUUAGCAGGCAUUUAGUUAGAUCAUCACUUUAUAUGUCUUGACACCAUUUCAGGUUGUAGGAAGAGGCAAACGAUCAUACUGUUUCUGGUUCCGUUAUUUACUUAGCUUUAUUUACAUAGUUAACAAUCUCUAUAAAUGAUCCGUGAAAUGCGGUUCGGUGGAGUGAAUAAUAUGCUUGUUAAGAUAAAAAAGCAGCGCUCGAAAUCUCACCAACAUUUGAUGUUACGGGUUCUCAAUAUUCUGAUAUCAUUCUUUUCAUAUUUUAGGUAUUUGUACAUAUUUGCUUACAUCUGAAGAUUUGUUAAUUAGCUCAAUUUACCCGAUAUCUGAAUCGAUUAAUUUUAUAGCAGGAUGAAUAUCGGAGGAGUUCAAAUAUACUUCAUUAAGAUCUUUAGACGUGGCUUCGCUGUUAUUUCUAACAAGCCUUACAAAGUUUCUAUCUUUGAUUCAUGGAACACAUGUAAACAUACUGACGGAAAUCAGCCAGAUUUUCGUAAUGUCCCAACAGUGUCCGCUAUACUAAGUAAAACAGCACCCUUGGAAAGUACAAUUGCACUCCGAAAAUGGCAGGAUAAAAAGAAAAAUGAACUUGGCGAAGAUGGGUUUCAGGAGUACAUGAGAGAACUUCAGCUUUUAGGAAAAAGUGUUCAUUCCAGUGUAGAAGCACGACUUAUAAAGGGCAAGUUUCCUUCUAAUCUACCUGAAAAUGUUUCCAAAUAUUGUGAAAGUCUAAAAUAUAUCUUGGAUGAUUUAAAGUCUUCUGCAGUAGAAACUAACUGCUUCCAUCCUCAGCUUUUGUAUCGCGGGAGGUUUGAUAGUAUAGUGUUUUCAAAAGAUAUAAACGAACCUAUUUUGACUGAAUGGAAAACAGUACACGAAUCCAAAAGAAUAUUGACUAUUGAGCAGGCUUAUGAUAGUCCAUUACAAGUUGCCGCGUAUAUUGGAGCUUAUAACUUUACUCGUUAUCCUGAAUCUUUGCCUGUCAAAAAAGGAAUGCUGGUGUAUUCUUAUGGUGAUGGUUAUCCAGCUGCUCGGUUUGUUUUAAACGAAACUAACUUGUUACAUUACUGGGAGUUGUGGUGUGAACGUGUUCAAGCUUAUUAUGAUCAGUGCAACAAUCCUUCUAAUGAAGAAUGAGAAUUGAAAUUUUGGAUGGAUACACAAAAUAUAUCCAUAUCUAUUUGUUGCAAUAUCAUCAUUUUAUCAGUGGUUUAAAUGAAAUAAGAGAAACAUUAUUUUUUAAAACUAUAUAUUCAUUUAAUUGGAAUUUAUAAUUGUAUAUACAAUUACUAAUUCAUAGUUUGCCUAAUUCUUAUUUGUUGUUCUCUUCUAUAGACAGUUGACUGCUUCAGUUUG